CAGUUACGCGCAGCCCUUGAUACCAAACCACCGACACCUUUGCAAUGCCCGCCGCAUCGGGCGCGUCGUCCACCAGCAUGAACACCAGAAACUCCUUUUCGUCCAGCUGGGUCGGAAGCUCACCCUCGCGACAAUCGCCCGUACGGCAAUCACCCCAACGCAAUGGGCUCCGUUCAUCUAGAGGAAGUCUUCUCUCAGACUCUUACGAGAGCCCUACGCGAAAGCUACAGCUCGAGUUCACCAACAUUCUCAGCCACUCCGACCGGGAAUUCCACAAGAAACUUGAUCAAGAUGCAGCCGAGCGUGCCAGGCUUCACGAGGAACAGCUUGCAAGGGCUGCCCGAGAGCAUCAGAGAGUCAUGGAGGAGGCAACCCGUGAGAUGGAGCGAAUCAAGCUCGAGGAGGAAAACGAACGGUUGCGCAAGGCAGCUGUCCAGGAGAAAGAGAUCCAGCGUCUGAAGGAGCAAAAGAUGAGAGAGCAAGCCGAGGCUCAGCAGCGGCAGUUGGAAGCAAAACUUCGUGAAGAACAGGCUGCGAGAGAAGCCGCGGAGAAGCAGAGGAGACUACAAGAAGCCGCGGAGAAGGCUAGGGCACAUAAAGAACAAGAAGAAGCAGCAAAACGGGAAAAGGAAGAGGAUGAGCGAAGAGCACGGGAGGCCGCUGCCGUGCCGCCACCUCCAGUUGCAAAGCCUCAGCCUGUCCAAGCUUUGCCAACCCCUUCCGCACCAGCAGUAGCAGCACCGGUCCCCGCAUCAGCACCGUUGGCACCGUCGGCGCCCUCAGCCGACAUCGUCGAAGUCCACAAGAAGUACCUUACACUUCAUCGCUCAAUGAAGGAAUUUCGGAAACAGUUCCUAGCCGCGCACAAGGCUCCAACAGAUCCACUGAAGAGCCUUAUCGGUGAUGUACGACGCAAUCUGAACAAGCGGAUGGGACAGAUAACGGUCGACGUCGCGGACAGCAAGAAGACCAUCAAAUCGAUACGAGAGGAGUGCUUCGAUAAAGCCAUUAGUGCAGGCGGCCCUAUGAUUGACAUUCGCCCCUACUUGAUCUCGCACCAGAUCACCAAUGAUGCUGACGCACAGUAUCCGCAACUGCUCCUAUACUUGUGGGUAAUGUUCGAGAAAUACCUGGUUAAACAAUGGGCCCACGAAGCACCCAAGGAAGACGGUAGAAUCAUUACUCAGCUUUCUCUCAUCGCCGCAAGUUUGUACCUGGACACAAAGUACAUGUGUAUGGGAACCGUCACCAUGACCGACACUCUCCUCGCCAAGUUACACCGUAUCUGCCCUAUGCUAUUCGGCAUCCGGGGCAACACGACAACCAACCGCGCUGGCUUGGGGCUCGACAAGGUCCACCCCAACGAUGAUGCAGAACAUAACGCAUACCUCCAGCGAAUGACCGGAGUCGGGGCAGGCUACGCCGCUCUCACCCAUCGAAAGUUUGCACAAAAGCCUCCCGCCAUCCCCAUCUCGGAAUACUGGCGCGCGGUAGUACUCAUCUGCAACACGCCAGCCGAGGCCCUGUACCCGGCCCACUUCAUGACUCUGCAAGGCCUCCUCCGAGAUAACGUGAGGAAAUUCCUCGCUACGUACGGCGUAGCAGCGAAAGCAGUCCUGCGACGCGCUACAUUUGAUCUUCCUAACCGCGUCCCGGAACCGCGCGCUGGAGUCAAGGAGGAACGUCCAGGCCUUCACGCAGCUGCAGGCUCGGUGAAGACGUUGCCGGACGUCUGGCAUGCGAAGGAAAACAUCAACAUUAGGUGAAAACGUGCAGCAUGAAGCCAGUACAGCGGAGGACAUCAUCUCAAUUUGUUUGUUUAAACUGGAAUAAUGCAUAGCAUGGCGUUUGGCAGAGCAUGUUGGAAUGCAUAUAAACAGCGGCGCCCACCAGAGUUGGCGAACGCACGUGGACAUCGAAUUCGUCGCUUAGUUGCUUGCCCAUAACAUAGUUACCACAUCAUCGAAUACGUUGUGUCAA